CAGUUUUGUGUGCAAACGGAUGUGGACGCAUUUGUUCGGACGGCAUCGAAAUACGACGAAAGUCGUGUAUUGCAUUUGCCGGGCUUCAAGUUCAGUGUGCGCAUGGAUUGGGCUUGUAUCGGAGAUCAGCACGACCAUCACAGUGUUCAGCCUCGUGCACCGGAUAAACUGCCGGAAUAUUCAUCCACAAAUAUGGAACACGAUUCCUAUCGAGCUUUUCGCUCAACUUAUCUGGAUUUGGCGUUCAAUUUGGAAGUGAAACCGCAGGACAGCACAGUCACGGAUAGCAAGUACCCACAGAUACUCCUAUACGCCAAUAUUUUUCGUUGGCUCGAAUUUCUUAAGAAUACAAUGACGACUGUCAACAGGCCUGUAAGACGUGGGAAAUUAUUUGGUGUCGAUCAAAGCAAGAAAAGACAGCUCAGUCGGCAUCUGAAGUAUCAUUUCUUGAACAUAGUUCUGCAUUUGUAA